CCCCCCCUCUGAAAUCUAUGACUGCUAUUUGCAGCCUGAAAUAAGAGGAAACGUGCAGCCAGGAACUACUCGACAGCUGGCUGUGUUUGCUGUCUGAAAGCCACCUCCCAGCGAUCUACUGAAAGUGAAAGCAGAACGAGAAGUUUCUCGCGUGAAAUGGCGCCUGUUUUUUCCUGCCAGCAAUGAAGACGGAGCAGCAGCAGCGACCCAGGCCGCGGUGAUCUGAGCACGCACAGAUCCCCUCUUGCCUCGGCUCUCUCUGGCCCUCCAUCAAAGUCAGCUUCCAGAAGACCAGCAGGGCUGAUCGGGCAGGUAAUCGGGCAGGUGAGUGCUUUCCGCCCGGUGAGCUGAAGUUCAUGGUCCCAGCUGAGGACUCUGGGGGACUUCCUGACAUUUGGAAUCUGGCCAGCAAGUAAAAGAUGAGGCUCACCGAGCAUACACAGAGUGCAUUCUCCCUCCAACACAGAGCGUUCAUUGUCCAGGGUUGUCGUCGUCGUCCUUAGUCCCUCCUUCAAUCUUCUCUCCCGUCCCACAAAAAUGUACAGUAUCAGCAGCCUGGGACCAGAUGCUUUGAGAGACAGCCUGUCCGCAAGGGCGUAGCCAGGAUUUUGAUUGUGGGGGGUGGGAGGACUUGGUUUGGGGGGGCAGGACUUUUGUUAGAGGGGGCAGAACCCACGUGAUUGGUCCAUUAGUUAAGUAUUUCUAUUGUUUUGCUUGAUUUUUUGGGGGGGGACUGCCCCCCCCGCUACGCCCUUGCCUGUUCCCGCAUAGUGUUACUGAACUGCAAUUCACAGCAAUUCUGACAGCUGGCUGUGCUUGCUGGGGCUGAUGGGAGUUGUAGUUCCGCAGUACCUGUCAGGCCAAAGGUGACCCAUACCUGACUUAGAUCACCUGGGGGUAUAUUUUGCUCAUGGCACUGGACCCUACAGAAUAUCACAGCGCUGGGUCCUGAAAACAGGCCUUUUCUGCUGUUGUCCCUGCUCUGUGGAACAUGCCACAUGUAAAAAACGCAACCUCCACCUGUUGCUUCAGAAGUCAUGUUUUUGAACCGGCUUGCCCAUUUCUCUGUUUUUCUCUCUUUUUAUAAAGCGUUUUUUACUGUUAUCAUGACACUGUUUUCUUGCUUUCAUUACUGCUUUAGAGCAGUGUUUUUUUUCUUUUUAAAUAUUUUUAUUCAUUUUUAUCUUUAACAAUUAACAUCACAAAUAAAUCAUAAUCAUAUUCUCUGAAUCCCCAGGCUUCCCUCCACCCCUCCAUGGUUUCCAUUGUUAUUCUUUUCCAACUGCAUCUUGUAAUGUUCUCCAUAUUUUCUUAAUACUUGGUUCUCACCAUAGUUCUCGCUACAUUGCAAGUGUUUCUUAGAAUCCUGCCAAAGUUUUUAAUUGUUUACAGUGUUCUUUUAAGUUACUUACAGAUUUCCCCCAUUCUUUAUUAAAUUUAUUAAGUUCUUGAUCUCUAUCUUCCCGGUCACUUUCGCCAUUUCAGCAUUUCAAACAGUGGGGUGCUACUCACUUCCAGGUGAGUCUGAGCGCCACAGGCUGCACCCCGGUCUUUCUUGCAUGCCUGCCUUGCCCCCUUGCUGUGCCAUAGCCUUUUGGUUGGUCCAGUACAGUUCCAGACACGGGUGUAGCCAGGAUUUAUUUUGGGGUGGGGCAGAACUGAGCUAUCUGUGAUUGGUCAGUUAGUUAAGUAUUUUUAUUCAUUUCCUUGAUGUGGGGGGCAGCUGCCCCAUGGCUCCAGAAGCUCCUCACAUCCUCCCCACAGUGGCAGGGACACAGAAAGAUUUCGGGGGAGGAAGCUGUCCCUCCUUUGAGGGGGAAGGGCCUGGGGAGGUAUUAAGGAAACGGUGAGGUAAAAGAUUAAUAUUUAUUGCUAUAAUAAUUACUCACCAUGAAGUUGCUACAGCAAGUGCCACACUUUUUAACAACAAAAAGAGGCGCCGGUACUAUGUGCCCUUGAGUAACCCCUGAAGAAAAAACAACAACACUGGGGAUGAGUAUAAAUACUUUGAGAGGCACAUGGGGGGGGGGAGUGGAAAAUAUAAAAGAAAUAAUGCACGCAUUUAGAGCCUCUAAGAUCAGCGACUUGAGGAAGUUAUAUUUCCCACAGUAAAUGUAUGUAAGUAGCUGAAGGAAAGCUGAGUUGUUAAACUCCUUGCUGCAAAGAAGGUGAUGUGGGAAAGAAUGAAAUGUUUUCCCCAUUGUCCUCAAUUCCCUCCGCACUUGCCGUUCUCUCUUGCCACACCAGUGUGCCGUUCCACACCCUGUGAGAAUCACUAGUACAGCGCCUUGGCAGCAGUCAUGCCAACGUGAAUAAAAUAUGGGGGGGGGGGCCCAGAUAAGGCCAGUGCACAGUCCCACCAUUUGAAUGGCAAUGCCCAUUCACUUUGGACAGCCCAGACCCCUCAAAUAUUUUAUGGGGGUGGUGGAGGCAAAGGGACCUGGGAAUUGGCUCCUGUGUUGUGCAGUGAGAUGCUUAGCCAGUCAUUCUUGGUUUUAAAAACCGGGAGUGUUAACAAACAAGACCCCCAUUUUCACCUGUGAAAAGUUGAGUGCCAUGUGCUUGCAACGUGAAAAGGAAGAAGGAGCCCCAUUAGUGCUAUUCCAGCAUUGAUUUCCCCCCCCUUUUUCAUUGUCUCCCUUUCAGCAAGUGGCAUCAUAGCAGGUGGAAUCCAAAAUGGCUGCAAACUGCAGAGGUGUUGUAAUAACCAAAGGUAAGCUUGUGUCUGUGAGUGAGUGACAGGUGGACUGCUGUCAUCAGCAGCAGACUGGCAAUUGGGAUUAAGGAAUCACACCGAGUCAGACCAUAGCACUGUAGAGCUGGAAGGGACCACGAGGGUCAUCUAGCUCAGCCCCCUGCAACGCAGCGAUCCUGCCCACAGCCGGUCCAUGUAGCUCAGUACACUGGCUGGCAGAUAGGGGACAGUCCUAGCCCUAACCUGGAGAUUGCCAGAGAGACCUGAGACCUUUUGCAUGCAAAGCAGAUGCUGUACCGUUGAGCUGUGGCUUUCCCCCCGAUAUUAUAUACAUGGUUCAGCAACCUAACGUAUGAGUUGCAAAAGGCAUUAUUUUAAUUAUGUAGAAAUCUAGUACCAGUUCCACUAUUUGAGACUAGAUAGUUCUGAUUAAUCUGUUCAAGAAAGGGCACUUGAGGGAAAAAGCCCUUGAAAAGUUGCAGAAAAGUUUGCUUGUUGUUCACUGCCCUGAUAUUUUAGGAUAUGGUGGAGGAAAAACCGUGUGUGUGUGUUUGUGUGUGUGUAUGUACACAGUGGUACCUCCUUUUUUUGAGCAUCUCGGAACGUUUUGGUUUUCGAACGCCAAAAAUCUAGAAGUAAUUGCUUCUGUUUUCGAACGCUCCUCAGAAGUCAAACGGCUUCUACUGUGUGUUUUUCAGUUUUUCCAGUUGAACCUGCAGGCCUGCCCUUUGCGCCUCGGUUUUCAAACGUUUCGGAAGUCGAACGGUCUUCUGGAACAGAUUAUGUUCGAGAACCAAGGUACCACUGUAUAUAAAAUGUACUGGUGUCUAUGUGGCUAAACCACCGCAUUUCUAGGCUUCCAGGAGUGCUUCUCUGCGGAUUCCAACCCCACGAAAGCAACUUCUGAGUCCUGGCUGCGUUCAUGGCUGCUGUGUUGUCUCUUUUCAGGGGACCUGCAACGCUUCGUCAAACACUUAGAGGCUUUCGCAGAAGGCCAGCUAAGGAGAGUCACAGAGUAUUUCCACCCGGACUUGAUCUACGUCAUCGAAAAUGACAUCGCCCUGGUGGUUCAGGAACUGAGGAGCAGCAAGGUCAUUACACCUGAGCAAGCCCAGGUAACAAUGCUUUGCAGGUCCUUAAAAAAAUGUAUGGUAUGGCGGGGGCUGCAGUUCUAAGGGAACGGUGGACCCUCAAGAAUGCAAUCCCAAAUGCAAGGAGUGUUUGGGGGGGUGAUUUUGGCCAAUGCAACCCCCAUCCUGUUCUGGCCUAAGGAGGGAACUGUGGGGCAAAAUAACCACACUUACCUGGAAGCCUCUAAAUGGCAGUCGGCCAUAGAAGACCGUCGUAUUGAGAAAGACACAUUCUGCAAACAGCUAGGGAGUCUGGAGUCUGGGGUUAGUGUUGCAUUUUGUUUUUUUCUUUUAAAGUUCAGACAAAUUCAUGGAGAUGGAGAACUGUCGGCAGCCAUUGAACAUGGAAGCUUAGUAGAACUUCCAUUUCAAUGACAGUAUACCUGAAUAUCGGCUGAUAGGAACAAACAGCAGAGGAGGAGGGCUGCCAGCUUCAUACACUGCCUGCAAGCUUCCCUGAAGCAUUUGGCUUGGCUCUACGGUGAACAAGAUGCCGGUGUAGCUGGGCCCUUGAUCUGAGUGAGAAGAUUGCUGUAUUUUUCCCCCUGCUAGCUGGCUAGCUAAACUCUGUCUUCUGUGUUUUGUUUAGAUCUAUGAAAAAAUAGAGAAGCACCAGGAUUCAACCGCAGCAGCAGAGAAGCUAGUUGCUGACCUUGCCAGUAACAAGGCUUUGGCAAUAGGGCUUUGGAAGAGUCUCUGCGCUCUGAGGCGCCACUGGUCUCAUCCCAACCUUGAGGUGAUGGUGGGGGAAAUCACCCGCAAAGGUAAUAUAUUGUCCCCUGCUCCCUGUGUAGUGAGAAUUCUCUUUUUGUUUUGUUUUUAAGGUGUUAUUAAGGUGUUACUGUAAUGGGACACGGGUGGUGCUGUGGGUUAAACCACAGAGCCUAGGACUUGCUGAUCAGAAGGUCGGCGGUUCGAAUCCCCGUGAUGGGGUGAAUUCCUGUUGCUCGGUCCCUGCUCCUGCCAACCUAGCAGUUUGAAAGCACGUCAAAGUGCAAGUAGAUAAAUAGGUUCCGCUCCGGCAGGAAGGUAAAGGGCGUUUCCAUGCGCUGCUCUGGUUUGCCAGAAGCAGCUUAGUCAUGCUGGCCACAUGACUUGGAAGCUGUACGCCAGCUCCCUUGGCCAAUAAAGCGAGAUGAGCGCCGCAACCCCAGAGUCGGCCACGACUGGACCUAAUGGUCAGGGGUCCCUUUACCUUUACUAUUGAUAUAUAAAGUGUUUAACAACUCGGGGCCAGUUUGCCUGAGCUCGCCUUUCCCCACGUACGCUCACUCAACUGCUUCAGUCAGUGGAAUUGGCAGUGUUAACAGCUGCUGUUUACAGUCAAACCUCUUCUCACAUCUGCCUCCACAGUGACCCAUUUCGACCUCCGGACGGACCUCCGGAACGGAAUAUGGUCACAGUAGAGGUUCCACUGUAGUGCCUGUUCUGCCUUUGUAAAAGUGUGGCAGCGCCUGCACUUGGGAACUCCCUGCCUAUUGAGAUCAAGGAGAUCCUUCACCGUAUUCUUUUCAGCAUCUGCUGAAAACAUGAAUGUCGAGACAAGCCUACCUAGUUGCUUAGAAAGUUGAGGUAAUUUUAAUCUGUUUUAGUAUUUUAACUUUGGCAUUUUUAAAGUAGCGUUGUCUUUCCCACCCCCUUGCAUUUCACUGUUGUUUUUUGUAAACAACUUUGAGAUGUUGUUGUUUUUUACAAUCAAGCAGCGUCUAAAUUUUAAUAAUAUAAAAAUAAGUAAUUGCAAACAGUUUAUUACUAUUAUCAAUAUAAAAGCGGAUUUGUUGUGCCAGAGUUUUUGAAUGCACUUUAAUGGGGCUAAACAAAUGCUUACUAGUGAGGUUCUGGAGGACAGAGCUGUGCUUGCGCCCUGAGGCCUGACCGGUGCCCCCAAAGUCAGCUUGCUGUCCCAUCACCAGUGUCAAUUAUUAUUCAGCUGUCAGUCCAGUCAGCGUUGUAUAUGCCAGGUGGCUUAGACGAUGCCAAAUUCCAUUUCCAACUGUUUUGCUUUUUCUCUUUUUUUGAAGAUCAAGCACUACUCAAGGAGAUUCUCCUAAAUGAAACCGGACACAACCUUGCCCCGGAAAUGAAAGGUACCUGAUAGCAAAUAAAAAUAGUUCACCAACACUUACUGUUUUCCAUUGAACCAAUGCAAGGGAAUCAGAUUUUGGUCAGGCAUGGGGCACUCAGUGAGCAGCUCCCCCUGCAACCUGAAAGAAGUAGGACAUGCCAACUCAGUGUUUUCUUAAGCUGCAUCUGAUCUUGGAUGUUCUGGGCAGAGCGGUGGGCCUUGCUUACCUUGGAGCCAGCACCGCAAAGCACCAUGGAGAUCUGAGGGUGGAGCAAUUAUUCCUUUCUGCAUUGUGGUCCUACUUUAUACAGACAGGUUUUCAGACAGAAUGCGUUCCGGAAGUCCGUUCGACUUCCGAAAUGUUUGGAAACCAAGGCACGGCUUCCGAUUGGCUGCAGGAGUGUCCUGCAGCCAAUCGGAAUCCAUGCCAGACAUUCAGCUUCCGAGGCAAAGUUUGCAAACCGGAACACCUACUUCCGGGUCUGUGACGUUCAAGUUCCGAGUUGUUCGUGAAGUAAGCUGUUCAAAAACUAAGGUACGACUGUAUAAGGGAACAUUGUAAUGGGAUGUGCAACUCUUGGCUUUUUUCUUUCUCUGUGUGAGAUGGUAACUGGCAGUUAAACCUGUCCACACAUAGAAGGGGAGGUUAUUUACCUCUUAAUAGUCAUUUAAUUGAUCUGUAUUCAUAUGGAAGGAAGCUACAUGGAUAAGUAGGGAUUUGAACCUGGCUCUCCCUGGUCUAAAUGCAAGGUUCUGUUGGUUCUGCUUUACUGGGCCAAUUUGGACAUAAUGAUGAACAAUGGCUUAUUGUGACAGGAGUGACCUACCGAAAGCCAUGCGCUUACAUGCCUCUUUCCCCCUUCCCCUCUUUCCAAGGAUCUCAGUUUUGCUUAUGUUUUUGAUUAACAUUUUGUCUGUACCCUGAGCUGUGUUUAAUCGUUACUAGUGUUUGUGGCAAAUAGCCCAGUUCCAUAACAACCCAUGCUUUUCAAGUUGCCCUGUUUCAAACCAUAGUUAAGAUUAACCACAGUUUCUUGGAUGUGGUGAAAGAGCAAGCUGAGGGAGCAAAACAAAGGUUUAUGGCGAUUUUCAAACCAGCUCACUGGCUCUCAGUGUUUCUUGUAAGGAUCAUCUACCAAUAGCCGGAGAUGCUACAAUCCAGGAAGUCUUUGCCUAUUUGAUCUCCUGUUCUGCUAGGCUGGGCCUAAUUCAGUGAACCCUGCAAUCUUUUUCUUCUGUCCAGCUUGUCAGGAUGAACACAGACGUAUUCUGUUGGAACAGACCAAGUUGCUGAAAGAAACCGGCCAAAGAACACAGUCCAAGGGGCAAAGUUUCCCCAUCCUCAACCGCUAUGUGGAUAUAAAAAUAGUCGCGGAUGUCUACUUCAGGAGACAAACGUUUCAAGAACAUGAGGCACUGGCUGCUGCUGGAGAGCUGAACGAAUAUCGCCUCCGCCACAAGAUGCAGGGGGAGCUGGAGCGAAUCACCCCAGGCCGGCUUUUCCGUUGGUGCUAUCGAUCAGGCCGCACGCCCCACUUUGUGAUGGUUAGCGGUGUAGCUGGCGUUGGCAAGAGUACCCUAGCGCAGAAGUUUGUCUUUGACUGGGCCACUGGAAAACACUACCAGAAAUUCACUUUUGUUUUCUUCUUCAAAUUCCGAGACCUCAACACGGUGGGGGAAAAGACCAGCCUAGAAAGCCUGAUCCAACGGGAGUACCCCAAUUUACACUCUAAGCUUGACACAAUUCUACAAGAACCCCCAAAAUUGCUGUUCAUAUUUGACGGUUUGGACGAGAGCAACAGUAACCUUGACUUGGGCAGGAACGCAGAAUUUUGUGCCCAACCAGGAGAUGUGAAACCGGUGGGGGUGAUUGUGGCCAGCCUGCUGAAAGAGAAGAUUCUGAAGGGCUGUUCCGUCCUCCUGACCAGCCGCCCAAGCAAUCUUGCCCGUUUGGAGAGAGGGGUCCUCCACAGAGUGGCCAGUAUUGUGGGCUUCCUCUCCCAGGAAAGAGAAAAGUACUUCCACAACUUCUUUGGAGAAGCUGCGGUGGCCAAGGAGGCUUUGGCCCAUGUCAGGGAGAGCCAGGUUCUGUACACCCUCUGUUACAAUCCCUCUUACUGCUGGAUUACUUGCACAGCCUUGCAGCCUUGCUUCACCUCUGAGGCCGGACAGCCACAUCCCCUUCCCAAAACGGUAACUCAGCUCUUCGUGAGCUACAUCAGGCAUGUGAUGGUCAAUCACACAAAGGAGCUCCCUGAGCGUGAAAGGGCACGGAAGAUGAUGAUACAACUUGGCUGGCUGGCUGAGUAUGGCCUCCAGCAUCGCACUCUUCUGUUUGAUCAGGCGCAACUGGAAGCGUUUAAUGUGGAUUCAUCUCCCCUCGUCAAAACUUUCCUGGUGGAAAACAUACAAAGUGCCACUUCACCUCCUGUCGUCACCUAUUCUUUUGUCCACCUCACUGUCCAAGAGUUUUUUGCUGCCCUCGUCCAUUAUUUAGACUUCAAGGAGGACAAUUUUAGAUACAUAAUGGCAGCAGUCCAAGAAGCCCAAGGUGGGGAGUACGAAAUUUUUCUUCGCUUCCUCUCUGGCUUGUCUCAGUUUGAAACCAGGGCACCGUUGGAGUCUCUUCUGGGGAAGUUCUCACCAGUGACCGCUAGGCAAGUCAUUGACUGGAUCCUGAAGACGGACUGCAGUGAUUUCCUCCAAAUGGAAAGGCAUCUUGAUGGGAAAAAGAGGACCUUGAAUUUCUUCAAUUUGCUUUUCGAGGCACACAACAAGCUCCUUGUGUCUCAGGCGUUGGGGGGUGAUGGUGAUGCCUCCAUGGACUUUUCGGAACUGUAUCUGAUGCCUGUGGACUGUGUCAUCCUUGCUUAUGUUCUGAGUUGCUGCGGGAAGAUUGACCUCCUGAAUCUUGAUACGUGCUUCAUUCAGAACGAGGGACUGCAGAGGCUCAGCCUUGAGCUGCACAGAAUCAGAGAACUGAGGUAAGCAGCUGAAAUGCAAUUCACAGCUGAUGUCAAAUUACAAGUACAGUUGUGCCUCAGAUCCCAAACACCUUGGGAGACGAACUUUCAGCUCCUAAACAAUCAAAAACUGGAAGUGAGUGUUUCAGUUUUUGAACAUUCUUUUGGAAGCCGAACAUCCGACGGGGCUUCUGCGGCUUCUGAUUGGCUGCAGGAGCUUCCUGCAACCAAUGAGAAGCUGCAUUUUGGAAGUCAAACAUUUCGGAAGUCAAACGGACUUCCGGAACGGAUUUUGUUCGAAUUCCGAGGUAUGACUGUACUUUCAAGGUUUGAUCAAACAUUCCAAACAAUUGAUGGAGCAGCGUUCACAUUGAAUUUAUUCUUUGGACCUUUCUAAAUCUGCCCAGCCCAACACCCCCCCCCCCACGAACUGAAACAGCCCCUGCAGAAGGAUUGGGGCCCAUGGUUCCAACUACUUUAAAUGGGUAUGUUGCAGACUUCACGACGAGUGUUAUUUAGUAUUCAGGCAUCUGCCACAGAGCCAGGCUAGGCCUUGGGCAUCUGAAUGUACUUGAGACCUGACAAAGAGUCUUCCUAUCCAAAGGUCCCUGCGGUCAGUGACUAGAGCCGAGGGCUGGCACAGGAGCGGGAGACUGAAGCCAGUACAGUGGAUGCUCGGGUUGCGAAUGUGAUCCGUGCGGAAUGCAUGUUCGCAACCUGCAGCAUUCGCAACCCGCGCCUGCGCAUGCACGGGUUGCAAUUUGGCGCUUCUGCUCAUGCUCAAAGCGCGAUAUAGCGCUUCUGCGCAUGAGCAACUGCCAAAACCUGGAAGUAACCCAUGCCGGUACUUCCAGGUUUUGGCAGUCCGCAACCCGAAAAAACACAACCUGAAGCGGCUGUAACCCAAGGUAUGACUGUGUUGGGAUCAAAAUCGGCAAAAGUUUCUGCCUUUUCUACGAGGCAGCAGAUGCAGAGACAGGCAGGCUCCAAGCGUUCAUAUUAGACCUUGCCAGUUCAGAAACUUCAUACAGUCUGCUAGUUGUGAAUGUGGUUAGGGGAAGCUAUGACUCUUAAAGUGGACUAAUAGUUAUGUCAAUGUAUUGUGUGGAUGUGGCCCUUGCCUACCUCCCUCUCUGUCCUUUCCCCAUCGAGGCAGAUGAUGUCUGUUAGCUUGGGGGCAGGGGAAGGAGCGGGGGUGGAAACCAUCCAACUACAGCAGGUCCCAAUUUUGAUGAAAAAGCCUCCCAAAGCAGCUUCCAAAUUAUCAGUGAGAGGACAGUCCCUUCCUUCAGUCCCACAAUAUAAAGGAUGUGACACAAGGAGGGGGGCAAGGUCUAGAGUGACUACUAAAUGCUUUCUGCAUUCCUAUAAAUUCUUUCUCCUUUCACAGGCUUUGCAAUAACGAUCUGAGCAAUCCAUCCACAAAGGAGCUUGUUUCUAUCUUGAAACAUAAAGAGUGUCGACUGGAAAUCCUGAGGUAUGUUUGUUGCAGCUAAUGGGCUAUUCCUUACCAAAUCCUCACUGGGUCUGCACUGGAAGAGCCAGAAGGUAUUUGGGGAAAGGCAUCCUUUAGCAACGCGGGUGGCGCUAUGGGUUAAACCACAGAGCCUAGGACUUGCCGAUCAGAAGGUUGGAGGUUCGAAUCCCCAUGACGGGGUGAGCUCCCGUUUCUCGGUCCCUGCUCCUGCCAACCUAGCAGCUCAAAAGCACGUCAAAGUGCAAGUAGAUAAAUAGGUACCCCUCCAGCGGGAAGGUAAACAGCAUUUCCGUGCGCUGCUCUGGUUCGCCAGAAGCGGCUUAGUCCUGCUGGCCACAUGACCCGGAAGCUGUACGCCGGCUCCCUCGGCCAAUAAAGCGAAAUGAGUGCCGCAACCCCAGAGUCCGCCACGACUGGACCUAAUGGUCAAGGGUCCCUUUACCUUUAUCCUUUAGCAAAUGUUCCUGACUCAAAACUAAAUUGGAAACAUUUUGCUCUCGUGCCCUUUGAAUUCUGAUUCCUUUCACAAUCUGUUCUGUUGUGAGUUGUGGGCGGUUUUGUUAGAUAACAGAGGUGGGUGAAUGUGUAAGCUUCGGUUUCUCUUAGUUUCUCACAGGGUGGAUUUUAUUUAAAUCAAAUUGAUUUAAAUCACGAUUUAAAUCACUAGUCGGUAAGACUUGAUUUUAUAGAAAGUUCUUUAUAGCAAGUUAUGCCAACUGGAUCGAUGUCACGAUCUACAAGAAUAAACCAUAGAAAAAGUUCUGAUUGGCAGUCGUCAUUACAACGAUCUUUGUCAAAGCCCAGCAGUAUUCCACAUUUAUUUAUUUGUUAUCAAGACUUGCCACUUGCCACUCAACGCUUCACUACUUAUUUAAUAAUACAUUUUCAUGAAACAGAAAAGUAUAGGCAAUCAGGUACUUCUGGAGGCAUGAAAGAGAGAAAGAAGCAACAGCAACGUUGGGCAGGCACUGAACUGUUUUCCACAAGCCACAACCUCCUGCCCCAUACCUGAUAACAUAAGGGGCAGGUAUAGAUACAGCUGUAUAGGGGGGGAGAAUAGGUCACUUCUACCUAGCUGUCAGAACUGCCCACCAGGGUGGGGUGGGGUGGGGGAGUUCAGGAUCCAGCCUUGCAGAAUCCAGAGGUAUUUGGUCCCUAGUAAAUGAGUUUAGGAGUCCAGCCUUUAAAACAGAAGAAGAAUUGAGCAGUUCAGAGACACAAACUCCAUGUGUGUACAUAUUUUCCAUCUUCUCUUCUUCAUUUCCUCCCUUUGCUCUUCCCAGCUUGGCAAAGAAUGCGCUUACUGGACAGUGCUGUAAAGACCUGAGUUUGGCGCUCUUGGAGAAUCGGACCCUUUUAAAUCUUGACCUGUCCAAGAACAAGCUGCAGGAUCAGGGCCUCUCUGACUUACUGAAGGUGUUCAGAAGUCCGCAGAGCAGGAUACAGAAACUAUUGUAAGUGUCAAAGCAACCACCUCACGGUAUGCAGAGUAUUUUAAAAGAUUUGCAGGUCACGUGUACAUUUCCAGAGGCUUUGGUUCAACCUUUCUAAGAUGUUUAUUAAGAAAAUAUAUGAGCAGCCUUUCUGUCAGGUACUGAAGGUGAUAUUCCUAACCCCUAAGCCAAACAAUAAAAAGCCCCACUGAAUUACCAAGGUGGAAUCUGCACACAUAUAAAAAAAACACUGUGGAAAUGUUUUAAAUUAAAAAAAAAAAAAUACAUUGAAUUUUGCACAGCUCACUUUCGCCAUCUAGUGUCACAAUUGUACAUUGCACUUUACUACACAUUUAAAACGUUUUAUUUGCAGCUGUAUAGCUGAGUCUCAAGUUGAUUUUUAAAAUGAAAAUACAUUUUAAAAUAGAGAAUACUGUACAGGAUUUAAAAAAACAGUCAAUCAGAGUAGCUAGCAACUGGAAAAUACAAAACAAAAUACAAAUCCAAGUUGAUAAUAUGUUGAUGAGUGUGUAAGAGUCAGCUGAGAGAAAUAGUUUUGUCAUUGUCAUAGUGCUAUAGCUUGGCAUUAACCCAAGAAACUGGUGGUAGGUGUGAUGGGAUGAUGAGCUGCUUGUGCGUAAAAUCGUAUCCCCUCAGAGUUUGUUCAAGUCCACAAUGUUACCAUAAAGCACCAAUGCUGCAGCAAGCAAAGGCUCUAGCAGCUCAGCCAGCUGCUUGUGGCUGGAAAGCCAGACAGGAUGUUUGUGACUGUUGCCAUGGGAACAAAGGGGCAGUCCAUUCUGUACUGAGCACCGGAUGUUAGCUCAGUGUGUGUGUGUCAUAUGACCCGUACUGGAUGUACUUGGGAGGAGUUUCUUCUUGCUGUUGUUGAGUGCAGACAUGAUUCUCUGUACUGAUGUAAGAGGCAGAAAUAAAUGAUGUAAAUAGUUUUCUGUCUGCUUCUUCCCCUCCCUGGGGACACCAAAGGGGAGAGAGGAAGAACGGUGUGUUCCUCUCAUACAUCUGAGAAGAAUCGCUGGACCUCGCCUGCUUAUCAGCAGAGUGGAGACGCGGGGAGGUCGACAGGAAUAUCUGCCGGUGCCUACGCUGUGGCACAUUCCUCUGACCCAGGCAGAAUUCCAACAGUGGCAGCCUUCGGAUGGUUGCGAUUCAUCGGACAUCUGCAUGAGAGGCUGGUGGAUUGUCCUCCUCUGCUCCAAGGAGGAAGAGAAAGCGUCUGAAAGAAGCCAGAGGCUCCACAGACAGCUGGUGGAAAGAAGAGGUGUUUUCCCAGAGCAACGGAGUUCAAGGUAUGCUGCAUUUCGGCUAAAAGUGUGAACGCAGGAAGAUUAAUUCCUGGUUCACGGAGCUGCGUUUCAAAGAAAACAAGAGCUCCGGGAGAAGAGGCCUGCAGCUUGAAGGCUGAAGCCUGCAUUCCACAAAUUUUUGUGGUAGAUAAGGAGUCCCAUUGAAAUGCAUUGUUGCUAGGCAACGGUCCUGGAAAGUUACUGGCAAGGGGCUGGACUCUGAGUGUAAGCCUGGGAAAGCGAAACAAAACCAGAGAAUGUUUUGGCUACAAGGUUUACGAGCUCUUGGAAGGGACUUUUCAAUAGCAGCCUGCGUUUAGCUGCCAGGUGCAAAGAGCGUAAACAAUUUGCAGUUUGCUGCGUGAGAAAAGAAAAAAACAACUGUUGGAUUUUACAGUUUGUUUGACAUUGUGAGCUGGAGGCUUGGCUUCAAGAUGGAUGCCAAGAAAGGGGAGGUUUGCCUUGCCCACCUCCCUUAACCAAUGACAAUUAUUCAUCUUGGUCUGUAAAGAUGAAGGCCCUGCUGCAGAAUCAGAGGCUUUUUGAUGUAAUUGAAAACCCCAUCCCUGCAGCACCAACCAGAGGUUGGGAGUCACAGAAUGUAAGGGCCAGGACUGCUAUAAUUCUGUGUGUCUCAGAUGAUCAGUUGGUGCAUGUUCAGCAUUUAGAAAAUGCGAAAGAGGUAUGGGACACGCUGCGUACAACGCAUCAGAGAGAUGCUGGUUCUUCAGCGUUGCUGUAUUUUGAGAAAUUGACCAAUCUGAGACUUGCGCCUGAUGGAGAUGUUCAAGCGCACCUGACAGAAAUGAAGUUUCUGCGUCAACAGAUGGUGGAACGCAAUUUCCGUCUUCAGGAGGAAGUGUUUUGCUUCAUGAUGAUAAACAGCCUUAGCCGCACCUACAAGGUUGUUGCCAGUCAGCUUGGUUCCCUACCGGCCGCGCAGCUGACCGCGGAGAGAGUUUGUGCUGUGGUCCUGAAUGAACACGACAGACUUGCUGCACUGGAAGAAAAAGACAGGGGGAGGGAAGAACAGAGUUCUAAUUCCCCAACUGCUGAUGCUACUGGAGAGCAUGGUGUAGCAUUGAGUGCUGUCCGAUGCUACAAUUGUGGACAGACUGGGCAUCUACAGCGAAACUGUAAGAAGCCGCGCCAGUCAAGAGGAGCAAAGAGCAGCUCUACGAAGCCUCAGGCGUCAGGCAAAAGCCGUUCCAAGUGCCAGGUGAAACCUGCAAAGGCUAUGAUGGCGAAAGGAACCACGCCAGAUGUUGGCAACUCGUUCAUAAUUGACACGGGCGCAACGGUUCACAUGUGCCCGCACAGAGGACUGUUUUCGACGUUGAAGAAGCAAAGCUUCACUGUGAAACAGGCCAACGGUCAGGAGUUGGAAGCAACUGGAAUUGGGACUGUGUAUCUUGAGAGUCUGAACUUGACUAUAAGUGAUGUUUACCUGGUUCCAGAACUGAGAUUUAAUCUGCUGAGCGUGUCGCAGAUUGCAAAGAAAGGACUGAAACUGUCCUAUGAUGCUAAAAGCUGCAAGAUCUACAAAGAUGGAGAACUGUUUCUUACUGCCAAAGAGAAAGAUGGACUGUAUUUGUUGACUUUUGAUCAAAGUGAUUACAUGAAAUGUAAUUCUGCUGUUUCUAACGAAAUCUCUCUUGCAGGAGUGACCAGUGUGAGCACCAGGAAGGUGACUAAGACCAAGAAGGUCGACAGAGCAUUUCAGCGGGUGUAUGCUGAUGUGAUUGGUCCUCUAGAACCAUCUAGAGGCGGUGCAAAAUAUUACCUUUUGUGUGUGGAUUGUUUCACUAAUUAUUCUUGGGUUUAUAUGAUGGAGAAACCGCAAGAAACUUUAGAAAAGUUUCAGGAGUUUUGUGACAAGGUUAAAAGUAUGCAUGAUGCUAACAUUGAUUGUCUUUUCACAGAUGAGAAGCAAAUUUUUCUGUUGCAGAAGUUUCAGAAGUUCCUGGAUGGAAAAGGGAUAGACCACAAAGUGGCAGUUUCGCAAGAAGCGUGGAACAGGGGGGUCUGUGUAAAAGUGAACAAAGAAUUGCAAAAGGGGAUGAAUGCGCAAUUGCUGAGUUCACAUUUGCCACAUGAAUAUUGGGCUGAGUCGCUAGCGUCCUAUCUUCAUGUGUGGUUGAGAAAGGUCUCAACAGAGUUGGGAUGUUCUCCUUUUGAGAAGCUGUUCAAUAGAAAACCUUCUGUUGCCUAUUUUAAGGUUUUCGGGUCUCAUGUGAGAACAGAAGCUCCAGGUGGAGUAAAGAAUGCCAGAGGCAUUUUCGUGGGUUAUGAAAAGGGUCUCUACAGAGUAAUUUUGUCUGAAUCUGGUCAGGUGAUUCUCACAAAGUUCCUAGAGAGUGCUCCAAAGCAAGAGCGGAUAGUACAGACAUUUCCCACAGGAAACGAUUCUGAUGAUGAUGAUGAUGAUGAGUUUGAUCUUAUUGAGUUCAGUAGUACUGAUGAUGACAGUGAGAGCUCAGAGAGUUCAGUUGUAACAGUCAUUGAGAGGAAAUCUCACACAAUGGAUAGACCUUCACAGGUGAAGGAAGAACCACUGAUUGCUACUGGUUCUCAACAGAGUCCAAAGGUUGAACCAGUGAGCACAGAAGAUCAGAACCUCAUACGCAGGUCUGAGAGAGUUACAAAGGGUGUACCACCAAAGAGGUACUCAAAAGAGUUUGCUAACUUAGCUGUUGCAUGUGUUGCUAUUGUUAACAACUCAAAGCAGGUUGAAGCAGUGUCUACGUCAGAGACAAAGACACAACAGAGGGUAGCUAGCCAAGGUAAUGCAGAAGCACUCAUUCCUUGGAAGCCAGACAACCAGAGAGGUACAUUGGUUAAACCAGUGGCGGGUAGUUCCAAGGGUGGAACUGAAACAACAGGGGAAUGUUAUAAAUAUAACAACUGUUUGUUUUCUUCUCUGGAUGACGCUUUGCUCGCGGCACACAUUGAUACUUUAGGGGAGUAUGUUACCAUAAAGCACCAAUGCUGCAGCAAGCAAAGGCUCUAGCAGCUCAGCCAGCUGCUUGUGGCUGGAAAGCCAGACAGGAUGUUUGUGACUGUUGCCAUGGGAACAAAGGGGCAGUCCAUUCUGUACUGAGCACCGGAUGUUAGCUCAGUGUGUGUGUGUCAUAUGACCCGUACUGGAUGUACUUGGGAGGAGUUUCUUCUUGCUGUUGUUGAGUGCAGACAUGAUUCUCUGUACUGAUGUAAGAGGCAGAAAUAAAUGAUGUAAAUAGUUUUCUGUCUGCUUCUUUCCCCUCCCUGGGGACACCAAAGGGGAGAGAGGAAGAACGGUGUGUUCCUCUCAUACAUCUGAGAAGAACUACCGGACCUCGCCUGCUUAUCAGCAGAGUGGAGACGCGGGGAGGUCGACAGGAAUAUCUGCCGGUGCCUACGCUGUGGCACAUUCCUCUGACCCAGGCAGAAUUCCAACACACAAACCUCUGUCUGUGACGGAGCCCCUCAGACAUGGCUCCUCUAGUCACUAGCAGAUUCCGACAGUGGUUGCUUUCGGAAUCGCUUCCAACAUAAAAGCUCCUUAACGGAAACACGUCUUCUGGACUCUCUGCGUGACAGUUUCCGGCGAGGAGUGGGUGUUCCUACAGGAGGUCCUGAAACCUCCCCACUGUUUUCGCUGGAAGUGUCUCUGAGCCAUCCCUCCAGCUCACUUUCCCUCAGCUCAGCUCCUCUCCCCCUACUGGUUCCCUCUUCAGCUGCUGAGUCUCUCCCAACCUGUGUGAGCCCUUUCACCUCCCUUCCUUCCGAUGGCAGUUCCCUGACAUCCACCUCCCCUCCAGGGCCCCUUUCACCCCCUCUCGCCCCCUCUACGGGCGGUGAGGAGGCAAAACCCCGGAAUGAACUUCCUUCAUCUUCCGAUGUCUCGAACACUUCUCUCCACCUGUUGCGGUUCCUGGUCUCAAGUACUCCUCCUCCUCAGAGUCCAUCUCCCCUCCCCUUCCGAGUCCGGGAAUCCUUCCAACUCCUCCUCCUCAUCAGUGGUCCCAAAGUAUUCCCUCCGGAACCUCUCCACAGGCUGAGGUUUCCUUGGGAACCUUUGAUGGAACGUUUCUAUCAAUACCUCGUCAUUGAUAUCUUCGGCCAUUACCCAAGUGUUUUCUGACUCCGGUUCUCCUUCCCACGCUACCAAAUACUCCACCUGAUCCCCCUUCCACCUGGCGUCGAGGAUUUCUGCCACAUGGCUGCUGCAUUCUCUUUCUUCUAUGACCGGUCCCCGAGUGGCCAUCCCUUCUCGUCCCCUUCGUACGGUGACAGUAACGACCUGUGAAAUACUGGGUGCAGUUUCAUGUGGUUGGGUAACCGGAGCCUGAAAGCCACUGGGUUGACCUGUUGAAUGACCUCAAAGGGACCCAACCUCCUGGGUCUUAAUUUCUUACAACCUCCUUUGAACGGCAACCCUUGGGUUGACAGCCACACCCUAUCUCCCACCCUUAUGGUUUCACCUUCCCUUCGGUUCUUGUCUGCCUGCCUCUUGUAUUCUUCCUUCGCCCUUUCUAAGUUGAGUUGGAGCUGACGAUGGAUUGCUUCCAUUUCUUCCACAAAAUGCUCGGCUGCCGGGACGCUCCAUCUCUCCCCAUCUCCCCUGGGAAAGCCCUGGGAUGACACCCAUAAUUAGCCAAGAAGGGGCUCAUCCCUGUGGACACAUUCUCGGCAUUGUUGUAGGCAAAUUCCGCCAGCGCCAACUUUUCUACCCAGUCAUUCUCUCUGUCAUUGACAUAACACCUCAGGUAUUGCUGGAGGACACCGUUUGCUCUUUCCGCCUGCCCGUUGGUUUCAGGGUGCCGGGCAGUCGAAAAUUGACCUCCACCUGCAGUAAGCUCAUGAGCUUCCUCCAGAACCUGGAAGUAAAUUGUUUUCCUCGGUCUGAGACCACCUCAAUGGCACCCCGUGCAACCUAAAAAUGUGUUCUACAAAUAACUUCGCUGUCUCUUCCGCCGUGACUGCAUGCGAGCAAGCUACAAAGUGGCACAUCUUUGUUAGUAGGUCUACCACCACCAUGAUGGCUGUUUUCCCUUUGGACUUCGGCAGAUCAGUCAUAAAAUCUAUCGACACUGCCUCCCAAGGUCGUUCUGGGGUUGGUAAGGGUUCUAAUAGCCCCGCCGGCGCCCGCCUUUCCCUUUGGCUCGCUGGCAUUGCUCGCACCCUCUUACAUACUCACGUACAUCUUCCCUCACCUUAGGCCACCAAAAGUCCCUGGUGACCAACCACAUGGUUUUGUGUUGUCCAAAAUGCCCCGCCGUAGGGCUGUCGUGCAACUGCUUGAGUACCCUCCCCCUUAAGUCUCCUUCAGGGAUAUACAGUGCCCCUUUGUAUUACAAAGCUCCAUUUCUUUCCUCUAAAACCCCUGGUUCCUCUCCCUCACCCCUAAGACCUCUGAGCUUAUUCUGGGCGUAUUCAUCAUUCUCUGUUUCCUCUACCAGUUCUCUUUGUCCCACCAAUGCCGCCCCACACACCCAGCGGUCCUCUGGAAUGACAUGUCUCUCUUCGGGUGCUCCCUCCCCUCCAAAUAUUCAGGUUUGCGUGAGAGAGCGUCCGCCCUAAUGUUCUCUGGGCCUGGCACGUAACCAAUCUCAAAGUUAAAUUUGGAGAACUCCUGGGCCCAUCUCACUUGCCGUUGGUUGAGCACUCGUGCCGUCCUCCAAUACUCUAGGUUCUUGUGGUCAGUGCACACUUGCACCUUAUGUUGUGCGCCAAUUAGCAGGUGCCUCCAUCUCCGGAACGCCUCAUGAAUGGCUAGUAGUUCUCGGUCAUACACCGUGUAGUUCCUCUCGGAUUUGUUCAGCUUUCGCGAAAAAAGCACACGGUCUCCACUCUGACUCCUCCUUCCCUGGCUGCAGAAGCACCGCCCCAAUCGCUCUGUCUGAUGCGUCAGUUUCCACUCUCAUCGGUUUUUGUAAAUCCACAUGCAGGAGUUGUUGUUCCGAGGCGAAGGCCCUUUUAGUUCCUCAAAUGCUCGCUCCGCCUCCUCAGUCCAAACGAACUUCUUCUUACUGCUGAGACAGUCCGUAAUGGGCGCCGUCAGGUGGGCAAAGUUUCGGAUGAACUUACGAUAGAAGUUCCCAAAUCCUAGGAACCUCUGCACAUCCUUCCUUGUUUUGGGUGUUUUCCAUUCCAGCACCGCCUGGACCUUGCCGGGAUCCAUGGCCAAUCCCUUGUCUGACAGGCGAUACCCCAGGAAUUCCACCUCCUUGGUAUGAAACUGACACUUCUCCAGUUUCACCCACAGCUGGUUGGCUUGCAGCCUGCUCAACACUUCUCUGACGUCUCUCACAUGCUGCUCCUCAUUCUCAGAAUACACCAACACGUCGUCUAAGAAGGCCACACAAUUCUUGUAAAGCAAAGGCCCCAGGACGUGGUUCAUAAACGAUUGAAAGCAUGCGGAGCCUGCUUGUAGGCCGAAGGGCAUAACCAAAUAUUCAAAUGCCCCUAAAGGGGUGAACAUGGUGGUUUUCCAUUCAUCCCCCUUCCUUAUUCGUAUCAGGUUGUACGCCCCCCUUAGGUCCAGCUUUGUGAAAAUCUUCCCUUCCGCACCCUUGUCAAAAUGUCGUCAAUCCUGGGCAUAGGGAAGGCCACUGGUUCUGACACUGCAUUUAAGGCCCUGAAGUCACACACCAGCCUCGGCUUGUUCGUGUUUUUUUAUCCACAAAAACACUGGGCUGCCCCCACCGCCCUGGACUCUCUGAUGAACCCUCUCUUCAGGUUCUUGUCAAUGAACUCUCUUAGCUCCUGCAUCUCUCUGUCUGACAUGGCGUACAGCUUGCCUACAGGGAGCUGUGCCCCAGGGAGUAAAUUGAUUUGACAGUCAAAGGGUCUAUGCGGGGUAGUUGGUCAGCUUCCUUUCGCUGAAGACGUCGCGGAGAUCUGCGUAUUGUCGUGGUACCUUCACGUUCUCCGUUACUUCAGUCCCUGCUAGGGUGGCUUGGGCCCCUGCCAAACCCUUUCCUCUUUGCAGUGUUCUAAGCAAUGUGCUGAACCAAAAGAAACCACUCUCUGAUGCCAGCCCACCAGCGGAUCAUGUAACGCUAGCCAGCUCAUCCCCAAUAUAAUGGGAGCUCCUCCCAAGGUGGCCACAUUAAACGCUAUCAGUUCGGUGUGCCUUGCCACCUUCAUUAUCAUUGGGACGGUCUGCAAGCUGACUUCUCCUCCCAACAGCUCCCUGCCAUCGAUCGUGGUCACCUGCAGGGGGUUGCUUAAAGGGAUCGUCUGUAUCUGGUGUUCAGCUGCAAACUCUUUGCUCAUGAAAUUGCAGGAGCUGCCUGAGUCCAACAGCGCCUUUAUCUUUAGAGGGUGUCCGUUUGGCAGCUCUAGCGCCACUUCUAUCACUAGGGCGGGUUUAGGAGGUUCUGGCGUGGGCACUCUCACUGCUCUUUGGCCUGGCUGCUGUGCCCCGACGGUGGCAGCCAGGCGUUGGCUUUUACUUGCUCCGGUAUUUCUUCCUCUCUUCCCUCCACAGCUCCUACCAUCCCUUGCCAUUCCUUCCUCUGGGGGCAGACUCUGGCAAAGUGACCUGGCUGUUGGCAGAGAUAGCAUUUCCGGGCGCGUUUUCCCUCCUUCUUUCCCCUCACUGGGCUUUGAAACUGCACGCGCGCGCUGUUCCGAUUUCCAUCGGCUCUGCCGGCGGGAAAGUUGGCUCUGGAAUGUCUGGAAUGCGGAACUCCUUCCAACGUUCCCCUUCCCUUCCCGCCUCUCCAAUGCUCUCGCCUCCUGGCGCGCUCCUAUGGUCAGCGCUGAUUUGGUCAGCUGGUCCAUAGACUCCGCCCUGGGCGCCCGGGAAAGUUCGUCUUUCACAGCCGAAGAAAGCCCUUCUUCAAAGAGCAUUUGAAUGGGUUCCGCCGAUAAGUCCCACCCCAAUCUGUGAACCAGCAUGGUGAACUCAGUCCAGUACUCACGGACAGAUCGGCUCCCUGUUUGCAAGCCAUUAACUGUCUGCGCACCACUCCCUGUUCAAUAUCGCUGGAAAACAUCAGAUCCAUGGCGCGAAAGAACUUCAUCGUGUCCUUUAGGACGUCACUAUUCGCUGCCAUCAGGGGUCUAACCCAGUCUCUCGCCCCUUUUCAAGAUGCCCAAUCACGAAAGCCACUCGUGAUUCCUCGUCAGGGAAUUCAUCAAACUGCAGAUUGAGGGCAUAUUGCAUCUCUGUCCGAAAGCCAUGAUAGUCUUUGGGCUCCCCAAACUUCUGCACCAAUCCUGGUACCUUUCUGGCGAGCUGGGUGGCUUUCCCUUUUGUCUGCAUCCUGAGCCCUCCUCUCCUCAAGCCUCGCCGUCUGCAGCGCUAGCUGGACCUCCAACACCCGGUACCUUUCUUCCAGGCUUGGACCCGCUCCAGCUCCUGCUUCUCCGGUUCCGGCUGGGUUGCUCAUGAUGCCUUCUCCUGCACAAGCUGCUUUCAAAGACUGUCGGAAUGCUGUGAUGGGAUGAUGAGCUGCUUGUGCGUAAAAUAGUAUCCCCUCAGAGUUUGUUCAAGUCCACAAACCUCUGUCUGUGACGGAGCCCCUCAGACAUGGCUCCUCUAGUCACUAGCAGAUUCCGACAGUGGUUGCUUUCGGAAUCGCUUCCAACAUAAAAGCUCCUUAACGGAAACACGUCUUCUGGACUCUCUGCGUGACAGUUUCCGGCGAGGAGUGGGUGUUCCUACAGGAGGUCCUGAAACCUCCCCACUGUUUUCGCUGGAAGUGUCUCUGAGCCAUCCCUCCAGCUCACUUUCCCUCAGCUCAGCUCCUCUCCCCCUACUGGUUCCCUCUUCAGCUGCUGAGUCUCUCCCAACCUGUGUGAGCCCUUUCACCUCCCUUCCUUCCGAUGGCAGUUCCCUGACAGUAGGUGUUUCAGGAAUGACAAAGGAUCAGCACUUCUGCACGCAGCAUUUCACUAACCUGUGGAACUUACUGCUACAGGAUAUGGUGACGGUCACUAAUUCAAGUUACAGUUCCAUACACACAUCCCAAUGCUAACCCUUUUCAUCUCAAGCGUUGUAUUGAUGGUCAGUCUGGGGGCCGGAGUGGACAUGGACAAAUUAUGGACACCUGCACACCUUACACGAAGACCAAAUAUACAUGCAUAUUCACAGCACACACAUUCACCAAACAUAAUAAAUAACAAGAUGAAAGAUAAAAAAAUCUUUUUUAAUAAUUCCAGUGGAGUAGCUCAGCUACUCGUGGCAACCCCCCCCAAAAAAAAGCUCAACAACUUUGGGUAAUCCUCCCCUCAAAAAAGCUUAACACCUCUGGGUAAUCUCCCCCCAUUUUCUUUAUUUUGAGUCCCCCAAAAUAGGGGUCGUGUUAUACAUGAGUGCGAGGCUCUGAAGAGGUUGGAGCACCUUUUGACGUCUUUGCUUCCUCUGCUGCAGAAUCCAGGAAAACGCCUUGUCGGAUGUGUCCUUUGAGGCACUUUGCUCUGCUCUAGCCGACAACACUAGCCUCAGGUAUCUGGACGUGAGUGGCAACCCUUUCACGGAUAUGUGUGCUGAAGAUGUGCACACUCUCAUUUUGACCUGUCCUGCUCUUACAGAAAUCAGGUACCAUCAGGCCUCACUCUUCCUAAGUGUAUUCACUCCUAAGGGAAUUUAAACCUCUACACCUUGGAAGUUUGGAGGGGUGGCCAGCCUGAGGGAGGGCCUUUCUGUGGUGGCCCCUUUCAUUUGUGCAUUGUUUGUUGUUUUCUGAAGAUGCAGCUGUAUAACCUGACCUCCAAUGCUUGAGAUACAUAUUUUGAUAACCCGCCAUAUUCUUGUGGCUGUAAUUUGUUUUAAAUUGUUGUGACCUGCCCUGGGACCUUAGGCUGAAGGGAGGGUAACAAACAGUCAAAUAAUGAUGGUGAUAACAUUAAAAACGACCACCUGCCUUCCCAAAAAGAUGGGGCAUUUUGCAAUAGGGAAAAUGAUAGGAAAAAUCACUGUGAUGUGUGAUUCGAGGCAACAUCAUGCAACCUCCCUGCAAAAUGAAUUGUGAUGAAUCCUCAAAAAGCAGAUUGUCAGGAAAGUGCCCUUUCUCCUGCCUUUAUUGAGCAUAUGUACUGAUUUGUUUGGGGGUGGUUAUAUGACUAUGACGUGGGUCGCGCUGUGGGUUAAACCACAGAGCCUAGGGCCUGCCGAUCAGAAGGUUGGCGGUUCGAAUCCCCGCGACGGGGUGAGCUCCCGUUGCUCGGUCCCUGCUUCUGCCAAUCUAGCAGUUCAAAAGCAUGUCAAAGUGCAAGUAGAUAAAUAGGUACCACUCUGGCGGGAAAGUAAACGGCGUUUCCGUGCGCUGCUCUGGUUUGCCAGAAGCGGCUUAGUCAUGCUGGCCACAUGACCCGGAAGCUGUACACCAGCUCCCUUGGCCAGUAAAGCGAGAUGAGCGCCGCAACCCCAGAGUCAGCCACGACUGGACCUAAUGGUCAGGGGUCCCUUUACCUUUUUUAUAUGACUAUGAGGUUUCAUCAUAUAUUUACAUGUCUUCCCUUUAUUCAUUCAUGCGGCACUUUGAUUGCAUUUCCCCAUCACUUUCCAACCUGCAGUCAUUAAAAAGAGCAUGUGUGUUUUUCUAGAGCAACAGAGUUCUUCAGUCCUCUUUAAAUGUGCAAACCUAACGUUCCCCUUUGCCAUGUUCUACUUACUUUUUUCCCUUCCUGAAAACCGCAAUUAUUGGCAGUCUACCUGAGUGAUAACAGUCAUAGCUACAUUUGUUGUGUUUUUUCUAGGUUAAACUUAAGUGAUAUCAGUCCAGCGAUGGAAAAAGAUCUGAAAAAACUGGAUGGUUGCAGAGAAGGCUUCAAGAUCCACAUUUAAAACUCCUUUUUCCCAAUUAUUCUUUAUUAAUUUUGUUAUGUACUGAAGUUCUCACCCUGGGCCAGCAGGGGGAAUACUGUAGAUAGUUUUCACUCAGGUCCACAUAUGCAAAUAAGGUAUUGAAAGUGACGUUCAGUGAUUGGAUAGUUACAGAAAGUUGUUACAGUUGCAUUGUAGUGGAGCUGUAUAUUAGCAGGCUGGCUGAACCCUUCAGUUCAGUUCUGUUCUGGCCUGUGAAUAAACAAGAGCUGUUUGAAGAAUCGCUGUGUCGUCUGAUAUGUUCACCCACAACAAAUUUUCCAGAUUAUUACUCUUGCUCAUUCUUCUUGCUCUGCGUUGCUCCAUCAGAC